AAUUAUUUAAAAUGAAAUAGGAAAAUGUAAGCUGCGUUGAAGGUUUAAUCUGGUGUUUAUAAUGUCCACUUUAUAGUCGGCAACAUUUCGAAUACAUAAAAUUUUUGUUUCGGUACUACUGAGGUGUUAUUUGUAAAUAUUUGAGACAAUUUGAAUAGCUAGCGUGCAGCAAACGUUUCCAUCUAAGUAUAGAAAUAAAAAUCAAUUUUCAUUUGCAUUUUUCCUUGUUUGUCCUCUGCUUUGCGAGGAUUCUCGGUUCGAUUUAAAAGAAAGGGUUUAACAUAGUACCAUAAACUGAUGACGCGCGAGUACUUUGAAGAUAUCGAUGUUUUUCUUACGAUUAGCGUUGAUCUUAUCGGAGUGAGGAUCUCACUAGUUUCUUUAUAUUAUACAUAAACAUUAAACUAGAUAAAAAAACGUCUAUCACCCUACAUUUAUAAAAUUUGGUAGCCAAUACUUUUAAGAGUCAGACUUUGUUCAGGUGCACAUUUUUAAUGAAGUACCUUAACGUCAUAUUGUUUUAUAAUUUACUAUCUACUUCGGUUCCGGUUCAAAGAGUAAUACAAAAGCUAUUGAGUAUAUCUUAUACCUCAAGGUGUAAAAUAGCGCUCACGUUGUUAACAAAAUGUCUUUGACUCACGUCGAACAAGGAACACUGGAGGGUGUUGUUUGUGAUAAUGGAAAAUACGUGGCGUUUAAAGGAAUACCGUAUGCUAAACCACCACUCGGAAAAUUAAGAUUCAAAGCCCCAGAACCACCUGAGCCUUGGGACGGUAUCAGAAAUGCUAACGAACAUGGCCCGAUAUGUCCACAAUACAACGAAAGAAUGAACAGAAUCGAAGAUGGCAGUGAAGAUUGUCUCUAUCUCAACGUGUAUUCUAAAAAUCUGAAACCGACCACACCUCUUCCAGUCAUGGUUUGGAUACAUGGUGGAGGUUUCUAUACGGGAUCGGGAAACUCUGAAUUUUAUGGGCCAGAUUUUUUCAUGGAACAUGAGGUAAUACUCGUGACACUUAACUACAGACUAGAAGUUCUAGGGUUCUUGUGUCUAGACAAUGAAGAAGUUCCAGGAAACGCUGGGCUCAAAGAUCAAGUGGCCGCUUUGAAGUGGAUUAAACAAAAUAUCGCUGCAUUCGGGGGAGACAAAAACAAUAUUACACUUUUUGGGUGCAGUGCAGGGUCGGCCUCAACAUCUCUGCAUUUAGUAUCCGAUAUGAGCAAAGGACUAUUCGACAAAGCCAUUUGUCAAAGUGGUGUUUGUUUAAAUGAAUGGGCAUACAAUUUAUAUGCACGCGAAAGAGCCUUCCAGUUGGGUAAACUCUUGGGGAAAGAAACUGAAGACGAAAUUGAAUUACUAGAAUUUUUAAGAAGCAUUCCUGCUUCUUCGCUUGUCAACAACGAACUGCCAUAUCUUCAAAUAAAUAACAUAGAUUUAGUAGACAAUAUAAAGUUCGGACCGGUAAUAGAAAAUCCAAAUCUCAAUGUUGAAAAGUUUCUCAACGAAUCACCGGUUAACUUAGUUAAAAAAGGACAUUUGGCAAAUAUACCCCUAAUUUUGGGAUACACCUCAGGGGAAGGAAUAGAAAUUGUCAGAAACCUUCCCCGUAUUGUCAAUUACUAUUCAAUGGUAGGGAGCGUCGUGCCACGGGAAUUAAAAUUGAAAUUGCAAUUGGAAGAUAUAAAGGAAUUGGAUGUAAAAAUAAGAAAACAUUACUGUGGAGGCAAAGAAAUUACUCAAGACAUGUAUCAAGAAUUGGUGGAUUUAGAAACAGAUCGCCUUUUCGUGUAUAACAUCAUUAGGUAUGCGAGGUAUCACAACCAUCAUAAUUCAAAACCCGUGUUCUUAUACAAGUUCACUGCCGAAACCGAACGAAAUUAUACUAAAAGGAAUUACAACAUGAAUACAGUAAAAGGAGUCUGCCAUUCUGAUGAUUUAAUGUAUUUUUUCAAUGUCACUUGUCUCGACAUACCUCUCACACAAGAAUCUAAAGACAUAAUCGACAAAUUGGUACGCUUGUGGGUCAAUUUUGCAAAAACAGGUUGCCCUGUAUCUGAGAGAGAAAGUGAACAAUGGAGACCGUUCACAAAUUCCGAAAAGAACACUUAUAUUAUUGGGAAUGAUUUUAAAUCCGUUCAAGAUGAAGAUGAUGAAAACAUUCGGUUUUGGGAUGAAAUUUACCACGAAAAUAUUUGAAAGCGUUUUUUUUUUUUGUUGUAAUAUGUAGAAAUUCCUCAGUCAUAUUAUAAUUGCACACGAUGGUCGGGUGAGGUUCCAAGUUUUUUUUCAGGUCAGUUUUACUACAUAAUUAAAGAGAAAUAAAAAUUCAAAUACAUA